GUGUGUGUGUGUGUGUGUGUGUGUGUCACAGGUGGUGCUUCUGGGUCUUUCGUCAGUUCUGUAGCUGGCAGGUCGUACGGGUCGAUGCUGUUAAUGUCAAGCAUUUUCUCUAAAUGACGCUGCUUGGCGGUGUUAUUUAGUCUCCCCCAAUAGAGCCCCUUUCCUUUCACUUUCUCCUUCUCUUCCCAAAAACUGCACUGUAUCGCAAAAUGUAUUUAUUAAAUUUAUCUGCUCUCUCUCUCUGUUGCUCUUUAUCUCGGGCUCGCUGUCGAAGUUACCAUAGCAACGAAUAGCGUAUCCUGCUAAUAUGGCAGCGCCUUCCCGAAAUGCAACGCGGAGUGAAAACAUCGUGACGUAACUCCUCAUUCUCUAUAAAGUAAUGGCAAUAAAAACUGCAACCCUAUGGUCCUUGAUUUUCUCACAGAUGAAGAGUUGUAUGAUUUUUUCCGUAAAAACAAAACAAAGAUAUCUACAAUAGAAGAGCCAUUGAUGUUUCUCCGCCAUCUCAAGGACAAUAGACUCAUUACAGAUGAGCUUUAUCAAAAGCUUGAGAACAGCAAUGACGAUAAUGACAUGUAUCAUGCGUUGGAGUAUAUUCAAAAGUGUGGAAAGAAGAAGGUUAGAAAGUUCUGGGAAUGCGUGGACCAGGAGCACAUUUUACAGCGUUACCCCCAACUCUCUGAAAUCACUGAAACUCUGAAGAACUCUCUCAAGAGUGAGCCAAACAAAAAAACACGAGAGAGAUCUAAGGAUAGAGACGCAGGAAGGGAAAGAGAGGUUAAAAAGAGGAAGACGGAAGGCAACUCUGUGAGUAACCAAGCUGGCCCAUCAUCACAAAGCACUAAAAACCAGAGGAAGAAAUUUGAACAUGUGGACAAAGGUUCUCUUAAAAAUGCUCUUAAGAAUGAGCCAAGCAAAAAACCACAAGAGCGAUCUAAGGAUGGAGGCACAGGAAAGGAAAGAGAGAUUAAAAAGAAAAGGACAGAAGGCAGUAACCAAGCUGGCCCAUUAUCACAAAGCACUAAAAGCAAGAUGAAGACAUCUGGACAUGUGGGGAGAGAGGAAGAAAAGGACCUCUGGGAUAUGCCUGAACACAAGGAAUGGCUUCCUGUCAGAUGUGGGGAAAAAGAAGCCCUUCUUAACAGAGAAAAACUUCGUGGAUAUAAUAAAAACAGGAAAUGCAUUAAAUAUCGCAAAGAAAUGAUCACACCUUCUCAAUUUGAGGAAAUGGCUGGAAAAGAGAAAAGCAGGAAGUGGAAAACAAGCAUAUUAUGCCAAGACAAAACAAUCCAGGAUCUUCUAGAUGAGGGUCGUUUGGAGAUGCCGGGUACUAAGAGAAGAAAUACUUACCGUGAAUGAUGUACCAUAAAAAGUCACAAUAUUGAUCUCAUAAAUACACCAGUUUUUUUUUUUUUUUUUUAAUUUCUCUUUCAAUAAAAUCCAACAAUUAAUGGAC